AUGGAAGAAAAUGACCCGGGGAAAAAGCAUCAGGAGGUCUGCACACUGGAUGGAGCACUUGAUAGGCAUGGUCAUCCUGCAGUCCGAGAGAGAACUGGAACUUUUGUUGCAGGAAUUUUGAUUUUAGUGAACCAAGGGCUUGCAACUUUGGCAUUCUUUGGUGUGGGAGUAAAUCUGGUACUGUUUCUGACGAGAGUGAUGGGUCAAGACAACGCUGAUGCGGCCAACAAUGUCAGCAAGUGGACAGGGACAGUUUACAUCUUCUCUCUUCUUGGAGCCUUCCUUAGUGACUCCUACUGGGGAAGAUACAUGACCUGUGCCAUCUUCCAGGUCAUAUUUGUUGUUGGUUUGGUGUCAUUAUCAGUGUCAUCUCACAUAUUCCUGCUGAAGCCCAGUGGAUGUGGUGAUAAAGAAUUAACUUGUACAACACAUGCACCAUACGAAACUGUGUUAUUCAAUGUUUCCAUAUAUCUAAUAGCCCUAGGAAAUGGAGGAUAUCAGCCUAACAUAGCUACAUUUGGAGCUGAUCAGUUUGAUGAAGGGGAUCCCAGUGAACAACACUCAAAAGUAGCAUUUUUCAGCUAUUUUUAUUUGGCUUUGAACAUUGGGUCACUCUUCUCAAACACCAUAUUGGGUUAUUUUGAGGAUGAGGGUCUAUGGACUUUGGGAUUCUUGGCAUCAGCUGCCUCUGCUGCUGUGGCAUUGGUUUUGUUUCUUUGUGGCACACAAAGGUAUAGAUACAUUAAGCCUGCUGGAAACCCUCUUCCCAGAUUUUGCCAAGUUUUUGUUGCUGCAAUUAGAAAAUGGAAGGUUAAGGUCUUAUCAGGUGAAGAUAAACUUUUUGAGGUUGAAGAAUGUUCAACCAAUGGAAAGAGAAAAAUGCUCCACACUGAAGGAUUUAGGUUCUUAGAUAAAGCAGCAUUUAUCACUUCAAAGGAUUUCAAAGAGAUGGAAGAAAAUAAAUGCAGUCCAUGGUGUCUAUCAACUGUGACACAAGUAGAAGAAGUGAAAUGCAUACUAAGACUACUCCCAAUUUGGCUAUGCACCAUAUUGUACUCUGUUGUUUUCACUCAAAUGGCAUCACUCUUUGUGGAGCAAGGUGCUGCUAUGGAGACUAGAAUUUCAACUUUCCACAUUCCUCCUGCAAGCAUGUCUAGCUUUGACAUUCUUAGUGUAGCGGCUUUCAUCUUCAUUUAUAGGCGAGUCCUUGAUCCUCUUAUAUCCAAAAAGAUGAAAUCCACCAAAGGACUAACAGAGCUUCAAAGGAUGGGAAUUGGUCUAGUCCUAGCAAUUAUGGCCAUGGUUGCAGCAGGAAUGGUAGAGCAUUUCAGGUUAAAGAAUGCAAUAGAAGAUUGCUACAAUUGUGAAGGGUCUAGUUCACUUUCUAUAUUUUGGCAAGUACCACAAUAUGUACUUGUAGGAGCAUCAGAAGUUUUCAUGUAUGUUGGUCAAUUGGAGUUCUUCAAUGACCAAACACCUGAUGGAUUGAAAAGCUUUGGCAGUGCACUUUGCAUGACUUCAAUAUCAUUAGGAAACUAUGUAAGUAGCCUUCUUGUUGCAAUUGUGAUGAAGAUAUCUGCAAGAGAUGACAUGCCUGGAUGGAUACCAGGAAACCUAAACAAGGGACAUUUGGAUAGGUUUUACUUCCUCUUAGCAGCACUUACUGCUUGUGACUUUGUAAUUUAUAUUGCAUGGGCUAGGUGGUAUAAAUAUGUCAAAUUUCAAGGAAACAACCAACAAGACAUCAACAAAGAAAACCCUGAGCUUAAAGUGUAG